AUGUCUGCAUCCAUUGCGAGGCAAAUUGAAGCACUCGAGGACAAGAUCGAAGCACUCAAGCAGCAAAUCGAAGCACUCAAGAAGCUAAUCGAAGAGGCAAAAGAUCCAUGGGAGAGGGAGGAGCUGCGGGACGAGAGGCAGCAGCUGCAGGACGAGAGGGAGCAGCUGCAGGAUAGACAGCAGCAGCUGUGGGAUGCCUUGUUAAACCAGACGACCCCGGCGGCGAUAACACUUCAAGCUGCGCCAGUGUCCAAGUUGCUGGAUGUAUACGGAGAACAACUGCAGCGCGCAAGGUGUUUUCACCGGAUGCCUGAGACGAGGGUGCCAACCUGCAAGUUGCCUCUUCUGGACAACGGUGGUUUAUGUACGGACUUGGGAGAAUAUUUUACUUUGGUCGGAAGGGAGGAGACGAUUCAGCAUCUGAUGGCAGCCGCUGCAAGGGUGUUUGGAACUUUCAUGAACACGACGGCCAAUGCCUCGGAUAUUGAACAAAGAGAGUUCUUGUUGAUGCUCAUCGGAUUUCCCGGCGCAGGUAAAACAACUGUCGGGACAUGCCUCUCAGCUCUUCUCAGAGAAGCGUGGGAGAGGGACACAAAAACAGGGGAUAUAGAUGGCCUUGUAGAGGAUCAGCUAGGCGACAAAGGGCUUGUGAAGCAGUUCAAAGAAAUGGUGAACAACGUGUUGGAGACCGGCAGAGAUCUUACAAUGUAUCAUUCGAUUGAAACUACGAGGGCAGGGGAUGUAACUCUCCUGGAGAACGGCCUGGCAGCAGAACAGGUUUUGGCCCUUCGGUGCUUUCAUGCAGCUCUUUGUCCAGUGCAUACUACUGGUUAUGGCGGCUUUCUCAGGCAGUUGGAUGACAAAUUUCCAGGCCUGAGGAAUGUGCUGACUUUCGGAGAUGUGAUCGACUUCAUUCGAACUGGUCUUAAGGUUCCUGCAGAUAAGCGAAUUUUCCUAUCUUGGUUUUUUGAUGAUGUCAACAAGGCCCGGCCUCAGCACGGCCGCCCACCCGCAUCGUCCUGGAUUCAUGAUGCUUUCUCGGCCUAUGUUCAACAUAUCAAAGACAACCGAGGUGGCCUGACGUUUCCUAUACUUACAGCAGCAACGACCGAAUUUGCCGGGGCCACAAUGCGCUACACAUCAACGGAGAAGGCUCUGAGUAUUUUUAUACCUAUCAGGCCUUUGAAAGAGCAGGAGGUGGUCAGAGUUACGAAAAUCUUCCUUACAAGACUAGGUAAUACUCUGGACAUGGAGAAACCAUUUGAGCUGAAGGACGGACUAAGGAACCUGAUAAAGUUAUCAGGAGGGAAUCCUCGCAUGCUUGUUCACCUUUUGAGAGGGUUGAUGCCUGACCUGGAUGUUUCGAAGUUCUAUGAAAAGGUUUCCUUGUCUUUUAUCUUGAUGUGA